UGUGAAUGCAAAGCCAGCAACUCUACAUCGAGUAUUCACUGUCCGAUUCCCCAUGCCUGGGAGUUGUGUAACGGAGGUGAAUUGCCGACACGUCCGAUGAUCGGCACGCUUUCUGAUCUGCUUCUCGGACUCGGUGAGGUUUUGCAUGACGAAAUAAAUGUUGACGGUGACCAAUUGGAUCAUGAAAUCUCGCAAACCUAGACAUAGUGGAUCGACGCUAUUAGUGCGUGGCUAGGCUGCAAGACGUUCUCCUCGUAGUAUUGGGAGCGCUGCUGCUGCACAUGAUCGGACCAGUAUUGCAUGCCAUUUUACAUACAUUUUUUUUUCUUAUACCGACCUCUGUCGCAUUAUUUUUCAAGCUCCUACUUGACAAUCGCGGUCAUUCUUUUCUCACCAUUUUCCGCGACACACCACUUUCCAGAGCGGCUGGAUCAGUGUUUUCGUGCUACCUCUUUUUUUCAGGAUUAUAUUUUGCCCUGUUAUAGGAAUUUUCGCUUUCCUUUGAAGCAACAUUUUUUGACGAACAAUUCAUUUUCCCCUUUCGAUUUCAUUUUCUAGCGAAGAUUACUAGAUACGACCUCCCGGAGCGAUUUUCUAUUUUUGCCCACGACCACAGCAACUCGUUGGAAUAUCAAAAUGGCCAUCUUGCGCAACUUGUUUUUUGCCGGGUUAGCCGCCGUGGCUGUGACGGCGAAGCAGCCGACGAAGGCUGAAGGUCUGGCUUGGUUGGAAGCCAAGAAAAAAGAGGACGGUGUCAUCACCUUGCCAUCUGGCUUAGCCUACAAGGUAUUUUUUGCUUCCGCCUCUAGUUGCACCACGAAGCGUUGGGUUUUCGAUUGGAGGUCUGAAAACAAUUUGCAUGCAACAGGCGCAUGAUGAUGAGCAAACCUAGUACUUGGAAAAAAAGUGAAGCUAGAGGCGAAGAUCUUCAUCAGGAACUGAUGCUCCAGCAUGCAAGCGAAAAAUCGCUUGCGCAAUUCGAUCUGCGCAAACAAUAAAAACUUUUAUUCUACUUCUCCACCAGGUUCUGAAAGCAGGCGAGGGUAAGGAGCACCCGUUGGUCGGUACCCCGUGCGCUUGCCAUUACGCAGGAACCCUGAUUCCGCAGAACGGAGCAGAAAAGGGAAAGGAAUUCGACUCCUCUUACAAACGUGGCGCGCCAACCACCUUCGCACCGAACCAGGUAAAAACUGACUUCUAAAGAAGUUGCAUGCGAAAGAGUUGUGUAAAAACGAAUGGACGCAAGCGAUGCAGUGAUUGCAAGUUGUAUACAAAUCUUGCUGGUCCUACUACUCACACCAUGAAGAUGGGUAGUACAACUUACAGCAUCUACUUCAGCAGUAAGCACGAAUAUGAACAGUAAGCUCGCUUCUAUCGAAAAAUGAUCAGGUCAUUGCGGGUUGGACUGAGGCUAUGCAACUCAUGGUCCAGGGCGACAAGUGGGAAAUGUACAUCCCCCCAAAUUAUCGAAUGCAAAUAUGUCUGGGUCUGGAAGGAUCCAAACUUGUCACGCAGGUUUUUCUUGACCCGUGAGGUCUGGAAUGCAGGACCUAGCAUGACAGACUCUGCGAGAUCUCUUUGAUGCCUAUCCUGCAUGAUAGACUUCCUCUCACUUUGGUCAAAAGUGAACGGCUUUUGGUAAUUGUGCAACACAGAUUAUUGCAUGACUGACAUUUUGGUUUUGCAUGACAAGUUCAAGUUGCCAUGUCCCAGACCCAGACAUGUUUGCGCUUGAUACAAAUCUCGCCUACGGGGAUCGCGCGAUGGGCCAGGAUAUCCCGGCCGGCAGCACGUUGGUCUUCACGAUGGAGAUUAUGGAGAUCAAGGGCGCCACGAAGCCCAAGGUGGAGCUUUAAACUGACGGACCAAGUCCAAGUUUUUGCGCAAUAACAUAGGAUAUUACGCAGCGCAGAAGUCCUUGGGUUUAUAUGUGCAAAAAAACACCAGCUUUACUCGACCACCUAGUCGCUCCUCGCAAAAAUCAAAACGAAAUCAAGCAAAAGUUUAAACAGCAAGUUUUUUUUUUAAGUGGAGGUCUCGUGUAAGUAGACUCCCGCGUCAUAUUAGUAGUUGUAUCCGACCUCAGGUACAGGGAGCGAUUCUUUACAGCUUAUUUUCGAAGAAAGUUCAUUGUACUUGGCAAAACAGCAUUGGUGUCGUUGUCGAUGUCUGCAACCAGUAUAGUCUACUUUCUUCCAUUGUCCCCCAGAGACAGAGAGUUCUGUUGUACGAGACUGCGCACUUUUUAGCACCGCCUGGCCGCGCGCGUGUAGUAAAAAUGAAAUUUGUGCGCCAGAAAAAAAAAAUACGAAGGCGUUGGUCAAUUCACCAGACGCUGCACCGAAGGAAGGCCCUCUUUCUUGAUGGAGCUGCGG